UUUAGAUGAUAUUAUUUUUUUCAACAAACGAAUCAUAAUUCAAAUCACGAUUGAUUUUUGUUAAAAUUUUUAAAUUCCAAUCAUUCAAGAUGAUGUGUAAUAUUUUGGUGUUAUCAAUGAUAAUGAUGAUGGUAAUAGUGUUAACUGUUUCGAAUGCUGCAACUAUCCAUCAUCAUUCGACAAAUUUUCCGAUGAAUCCAGAUCAAUCACAAAGAACUAAAGCAAUUCUGCCCGAUUCAUCGCCUGUGCAAAGAAGUUCGGAUGAAAUCGUCCCGGAAAAUUUUGUAGCAUCUGGUAAAAUGGCUUCAACUGAUUUUGACAAUAUUCCUUCACAAUUUAUUGGACCAAAUUAUUCAUUUGGAAAUUCUAGAUUACCGAUUAUCACAUCUGGACAAUUACCUUUAGGAAUAUCUGUUACCGAAAAAUCUACAUUAAAUAAUUUACCAAUAAAAGAUGAGAAAAUGGACUUACUUGGUGCAGCUUUGAGAAGAUAUGAUAUGAAAAGAUAUUUGCUGAAAAAAAUCUUAGGAAAUUCGCAUGAUCUUGAUGAAGAUAUUGAUGGCGGAUUUUUCAGUAAUAAACAUCUUAAACGUCAUGGAACAGCAGGCGUGGCAGCAAAAGUUCUUGGUGAAUUGAUUGGCAUCAAAAUUCGUGAAUCAAUCGAAGGAUUUGGUAAAUCAUUCAGUGAAUAUGCAAAGGAUUUUACCGCACGAAAUUUUGUCAAUGCUGGACAAUUAUUUGGAAAAUUAUUUCGAUUUUCACAGCCAUAAAAUACAAAAACAAAAACUUUUAAAAAUAAUACAAAU